AUGCCUUUUGGACAGCUUCCCGUUGGCAACAACCCCGUCCCGCAGCAUGACCCUCCAUACAGCAACGACGUACCUAUAUUUUCCGACGUCACCAUCCUGGUAAUCCGGUACCGAACAUCCUUCGCCAGCAUCGGCCGCCUCAUCCCAGACGUGCUCGAAGUAGAAGAGGAACCAUUAGUAACCGCCACACAACUAAAAUACGGCAUCGCCCCUGUUGGCCCAUUCACCGAGUUUAUCCAUACAGUGGAGGCGAAAUACCAGGGUAAAUCCUACGACUUCUGCCUAUCUCUAAUUGUAGACCUUGAGGCUGCCCUCCUGGCUGGCAGAGAGCAGAAUGGCUUUCCAAAACGACUAGGUCGUCUCUCUCUAACACCGAGCACCACAUCCAAAACUACAGGGCAUGUUGAACGGCCAGUUGGUCAGACAUUUUUGCAAUAUAAUUUCGAGGCCAAGGCCAAGCAAAGCCCUCCUCCAAGACUUGACAAGCCAUUCUUGAGUUUGAGGGUUAUUCCAUCACCCGUUGCGGGCGCAAAGGCAUCGAUCAAGGACCUGGUGCCUAGCGAUUUUGAAAUCAAGCCGGCUGAGGUCUGGGAAGGGGUUGGGGAAUUGACGUUUCCUGAAAAGUGUCCACGGACAGAAGCGGUGAAUAAGAUUGAGAUACUUCGGUAUGAAUCGUCGACGUUGGCAUAUGGAUGCGAUGUUAUAUUGCAUCCUGCAAAGGAAGUUUUCCCAUUAUGA